AUGGAAGAUUUCCGGAACUCUUCCCACCGGGAAGCCGGCGGCCGGAACUUCGAAAUAUUUGAUGCUAACAUGUUAAAAUACGUCGACAAAGUUUAUUUCGGUCGACCUCAACUAUCCUACGAUCCUUCUCCUCCGAUCGAUCAAAAACCGGCCGAUAAGAAAAAGAAGAAGAAGAAGAAGAAGUCAUCGUUGCCAAUCACAUCAUGGUUCAAUGAACCAAUGAUAAAAAGAAAGAUGAGGGUUACCAAGUAUAAGAUGUAUGCCCUUGAAGGGAUGAUCAAGUCUUCUUUGAAGAAAGGCCAUAAGUGGAUCAAGAAGAAGUAUCAUAAGCUUGUGCAUAGUUAUUAA